GGAUGAGUAUUUUACUCUCGCUGUCCAAGCAGCGAGCAGCAGCCCCUCUCUGGCUCCGUCCCCGCUGCAGGAAGAUCUGGGCUCUGGAGCCAGGGAUUAUGAAACUGAACACCAUGGUCUUCCUACAGAUGCCUUAGAACCAUGUCAUCCCAGUCUUAAAACACCUGCAAGGAAGGGGACAGUACUUUUCCAUUAAUAAAGCAAAUACUUCAUCCUGCUUACCAACAUUUCCAGCAAUGGCUUUAUUCCCGGUAGUGCUGUUUCUGGCUGCAGUGCUGCUUCCGCCUUUGCCCAUAGAAGGAAAGGAUCCAUCCUUUACUGCUUUGUUAACCACUCAAACUCAAAUCCAAAAAGAGAUUGUAAAUAAACACAAUGAAUUAAGGAAAUCAGUCUCUCCACCUGCGAGCAACAUGCUGAAGAUGGAAUGGAACAGAGAAGCAGCAGCAAAUGCCCAAAAAUGGGCAAACAAGUGCACUUUAGAACACAGCAAUGCAGAGGACCGAAAAACUAGUACAAAAUGUGGUGAGAAUCUCUAUAUGUCAAGUGACCCUACUUCCUGGUCAAAUGCGAUCCAAAACUGGUAUGAGGAAGGCAAUAAUUUUGUUUAUGGUGUAGGACCUAAGAGUCCCAGUUCAGUUGUUGGACAUUACACCCAGCUUGUUUGGUACUCCUCUUUCCGCAUUGGAUGUGGAAUUGCCUAUUGUCCCAAUCAAGAAAGUCUAAAAUACUACUAUGUUUGCCAGUAUUGUCCUGCCGGUAACAAUGUGAGUAAAAAGAAUACCCCUUACCAACAAGGAACACCUUGUGCCAGUUGCCCUGGUAACUGUGAGGAUGGACUAUGCACCAAUAGCUGCCAGUAUGAAGAUCUCCUUAGUAACUGUGAUUCCUUGAAGACAACAGCUGGCUGUGGACACGAAUUGCUUAAGGAAAAGUGCAAGGCUACUUGCUUAUGUGAAAACAAAAUUUACUGAGAUGCCCAGUGUGCAUUGCAGGACUAAGUGAUGAGGGCUGCAUCAUUUAAUUAACACAUACCACAGGGGACUGUAGGCAUGUUAGUUACAAAUAUGGUUCCACACAGUAAUGCAUUUCUUUCUCCUGGAUCUUUAUAGAAAUCUCUUUCAUACAGUGAUUUACAAAAGCAGCAUAGUCUAUGAUGACAACUUCAGACUUUGAUAGCAAUUUGGUACUUUAAACUUAAUGAAUUGAAUCAAGUUGAUUCGAAAGUUGUAUAAUCAUAGACUUUUGGUCACUGAAUCUUUGGAUCAAAAUGGAGAAGUACAUGUUUCUUGAAAUGCAUGCCCCCCUAAAAAAAGAAGGCUGUAACAUCAUUGUUUUUCCUGCUACAUGAGUUUUUACCUGAAUAAAGAAUAAAUUCAAAGAUUGACAUGUA